CUGGUUGGCUGGCAGUGGCCCUCUAUGUUUGUCGUAUUAGGAUCUGCUCCACCUAACGGGAAGCCACGAAGGCUGAUAAAUCUUUCAUUGGGAAAAAAGGUGAAAGGCGAUACAAGACCGCAAAUAUUUGCCUUCGGAGUCUAAAACCCGAGAGCGUUGGCGCAUAAUUAAUGAAAUCGCCGGUGUCGUAUUUCCCGCUAGCUAAACAAGAUCUUCUAUUGGUGAUCAACGCUAAAGUUAAACCUGCAAAGUGUAAUUAUCGAACACUGUGUGGAGCCAGCGACACUAUAUUCCUUUAAACACCUGCAGCCAAUAUGAUCCACAGCCUUUUCCUAAUCAAUGCCUCAGGGGAUAUUUUCCUGGAGAAGCACUGGAAAAGUGUCGUCAGCCGCUCAGUGUGUGAUUACUUCUUCGAGGCACAGGAGCGGGCAACAGAACCAGAGAAUGUCCCACCUGUGAUCCCCACACCGCACCAUUACCUUAUCAGUGUGCUUAGGCAUCGCAUCUAUUUUGUGGCUGUCAUCCAGAGUGAAGUGCCGCCUCUUUUCGUCAUUGAAUUCCUGCACAGAGUUGUGGACACGUUUCAGGACUAUUUUGGAGUUUGUACAGAAGCUGCCAUCAAAGAUAAUGUGGUUGUGGUCUAUGAACUACUUGAGGAGAUGCUGGACAAUGGUUUUCCACUAGCCACAGAGUCUAACAUCCUUAAAGAGCUUAUUAAGCCUCCCACUAUCCUCCGCACAAUGGUUAACACUAUCACAGGCAGCACCAACGUGGGUGAACAGCUCCCCACAGGUCAGUUGUCAGUAGUGCCAUGGCGACGCACCGGAGUCAAAUAUACCAACAAUGAAGCCUAUUUUGAUGUGGUGGAGGAGAUCGAUGCUAUCAUUGAUAAAUCAGGAUCUACAAUUACAGCAGAAAUCCAGGGCGUAAUUGAUGCCUGUGUAAAAUUGACAGGCAUGCCGGACCUCACCUUAUCAUUUAUGAAUCCUCGGCUGCUGGAUGAUGUCAGCUUCCAUCCGUGCGUUCGGUUUAAACGUUGGGAGGCCGAAAGGAUUCUCUCCUUCAUCCCUCCAGAUGGAAAUUUUCGGUUACUCUCCUACCACGUCAGCUCUCAGAAUCUGGUAGCAAUUCCAGUGUAUGUUAAACACAACAUCACUUUCCGAGAGGGAAGCUCCCAAGGACGUUUUGACUUGACCCUGGGACCCAAACAGACUAUGGGCAAGGCCGUAGAAUCAGUCCUUGUCAGCAGUCAGCUGCCUCGGGGAGUCCUCAACACCAAUCUCAACCCCUCUCAGGGAACAUACACCUUUGACCCAGUCACAAAGUUGUUGACAUGGGAUGUUGGCAAGAUCAAUCCACAGAAGCUUCCCAGCCUUAAAGGCACCAUGAGUCUACAGGCUGGGGCCUCCAAACCUGAUGAAAACCCUACCAUCAACAUCCAGUUCAAGAUCCAGCAGAUGGCUAUCUCAGGACUGAAGGUGAAUCGACUGGACAUGUAUGGUGAGAAGUAUAAACCUUUCAAAGGCAUCAAGUACAUGACCAAGGCUGGAAAGUUCCAGGUUCGGACAUAAAGACAUACUGCUCUGUAAACACCGGAUCAGCUACUAUCAAACUGAAAAGUGAUGUGCUGGAGGAAGGGGAGCCAGUACAUUCCCAGUGUACAUGCAUUUCACAACUUCCCUGAAACUCAAGGCUCCUCUCAACAGUUAAUGGAUCAUUUCACGCAUAAAACAUGUUCACCUGUACACAGCGUUUUCAUUCCUAUCCAAAUUUGAUCCAGGCCAAAUCCAUUCAUUCCCAAUGCACAUUUCUUUUCAAAUUUACAUCCCGGGCUUAAGGCAAACAUUAGUAGUUUCCAUAAGUCUUAAGAGCGAUGCUGUACUGUCAGCUUUUACAGUGACCUAUCCUCCACUUGUCGAGUUGGUAUUUAAAUGUUUUGUGUGUGUGUGUGUGCGUGUGUGAGAGAGACUGGUACUUACACUUCAAUCAAGAGAUUUCUCAGUUCAGUAGUAAGUUAGGCUAUAAUAUUUCUGAACGUUAGUUCAUAUUUUGCUACAGCUGCUGUGAAGCACAGACUCCCUGAUUGUAACCUGCUAGUGCAAAUGAUCACUGUAAUUCUUAGUUUGCCUUUCCUGCAAUUACUUGUUGUACCUUUGUUGAUUUUCCCUUCUGGAGUCAGAACACUGACUUAUGAUAAUGUGACACUGGAGCUGUCCAUCCUUGUGCUGAUACUAACAUUUUCUUGAAGAUACGUUGAUUCCAACACGAUAUUCAGGCAUGUUUUAUGUAUCUUUAAUUUCUAUUUAUAAAGCUAUAGUAAUUAUUGUUUUUAAAUACAUUUGUUGUGUCCAAUAUCCCCUCCACUGUCAUUAAGUUGUGUUAUUUAAGCCUCUUCUAAGCAAACAGCAUGGAUUGUUUCUGCAUUAGGUUUUUAACAAAAGGGAGUGUGGCAAAAAAGACCCUGUUGAUUUGGUGCUAAACAUGAUCAGGUUGAUUUGAAAAAAUAUAUCACAGUUCAUCACAAUCUUCACAGCCAGUGAAAUGUAUUAGUUUAUUUUAAUAUUUGCUUCCAUACGUCAUGUACUCAUAACAUUAUGAAUGUUUCCAUGGCAACUGGCGUGGCUCCGGACACAAGAGGUUAAAGAAAAAUUCAAUACAAAUAUGGUUCUGGUGUAAUCAACCUGCAACAUAGUAGGAGGGUCAUGGUUGAUUCACAUAACGUGAUGUAUAUCAUUUAUACACUUUAUACACUGAAGGGUCAGAUACCUCAGAACAAUACUACAAUUUUGCAUUCUCGGGUUUACGUUUAUUUUAUUUGUGUGUUAUUGGUCUAAAAAUAAAGAUUUAAUGUGCUGUAGCUGAUUAUAACAAGAUGGUGCAAUGACUGAUGAGUAGUGUUUUGGUCACUGAUUUCAGUUUAAUAGCUUAAAUGCCAUCUCAUAUGAUGAGAUCAGAUCAUGAUAUAAUACUAUGAUGAUGAUGGGGUGAGGAUGAAUAAAGGCUGACGUAACCACA